AGGCUAACCGAUUUGAUGAAUCGAAAACACGAGGCAGAGGAGGUUCCUUUGUUUUGCUUCAGAAAUAGAGAGACUAGAACCUUCCACAAUCCAAGGUUGCCCCCUAUUUCCCCAAAUUCGUUUUCAUCUUAGGGUUUUUCGAACUCGCUUUCCUCUCGUCUACCCGCCCAGGAAUCGAAUUAUUUCUUAUUAGGGCUUUUAAAACUACAAACGCAUUUUAUCUUCUUAUACUUUGAAUUUCCCUCGUAUCAUUGAAAAAAUAACCUAACCGGAGCCGUCAAAGCUUCGAAUUCCAUUGACCAUGGCGGAGCAUUUGGCUUCAAUUUUCGGUACCGAAAAGGACCGUGUUAACUGCCCCUUCUACUUCAAGAUCGGGGCGUGCCGUCAUGGAGACCGUUGCUCCCGUCUGCACAACCGCCCAACAAUCUCCCCAACUCUUCUCUUAUCCAACAUGUACCAGCGCCCCGAUAUGAUCACCCCUGGCGUCGACGCCCAGGGCCAGCCUAUUGACCCCCGAAAGAUCCAGGAGCAUUUUGAGGAUUUCUACGAAGACAUCUUCGAAGAACUCAGCAAGUUUGGCGAGAUCGAGAGCCUCAACGUCUGCGAUAACCUUGCUGACCACAUGAUCGGAAAUGUCUACGUUCAGUUCAGGGAAGAAGAGCAGGCCGCAGCUGCUCUGCAAGCUCUGCAGGGCCGGUUUUACUCCGGUCGCCCUAUCAUUGCUGAUUUUUCGCCCGUUACUGAUUUCCGUGAAGCUACAUGCAGGCAGUUUGAGGAGAAUAAUUGUAACCGUGGUGGUUACUGUAAUUUUAUGCACGUGAAGCUGAUUGGAAGAGAUUUGAGGAGAAAGCUAUUUGGAAGGUACCGUGGGUACAGAGGGAGUAGAAGCAGGAGCAGGAGUGCGAGUCCGAAGCAUAGGAGGGAUAAGGAUAGGGAUAAUGAUAGGCGAGACAGGGAUUACCGAGACCGUGAUUACCGUGGGAACGGGCGUAGAAGUGGGGAAAGAAACGAGAGGUAUGAAAGAGAUAGUGGUAGAAGACGACACGGUAGUCCUAGGCGGAGCAGGAGCCCUGUCAGGGAAGGCAGUGAAGAACGGAGGGCCAGGAUUGAACAGUGGAAUCGAGAGAGGGAGGAAAAGCAGUGAGGGAGACUGAGUCGGGCUUGUUCCUACUUGGGCAUGUCUUUUGGCAUUUUUCUUAUUGGAUGGCGGUGUUGGUAAUUAUGUCACUUAGAGUGUUACUUUAGCACUGAUGGCAGUAUUUUUCCACUCCUUAUCUGAUGUUUAAGAUGCAAGGGAAGUAGUGAGGAUUUUGCUUCAGACUGCAUUUAAAAGACUAUUAAGUCACAAGGAUACAACAAUAGGGCCAGUUUUGGAUCUCUGAAUUGGGCUAGAUGAACACAAGGGUGGCCAGAAAAGAGUCGUUGUCCUGUUAGUAUGUUGAAUUUUUAUUAUUGUUCAGUAACUCCCCAAGGGUCAAAACAUUAAGUCAUGGAACGUGUUGCUGUAGAAUUUUUUUUUUUUCUGAAAGAAAUUAAUUUCUGUGAAAAGCAAUAUUUUCAAAAGAGUACUAUUCAAGUGAUAAUACUGCAGGAAUUUUGAUAGUCUUAGGUGAAACUAGUUGAAAUGUACGCUUCACUUUUAGUUUCUGUGAAGCAGAAUUGAGUCAGGUUUCAGAUCAUUGUUGGGAGAAUUAUGAAGUUAGAGUUUCUCUAUGAUUGUAUAAAGACAGCUAACUGAAAUGGAGUUGAUAGAUCGCUGCUGGGAUUUCAUUUCUCGGUGAGUAGAUAUUUUGGGUCCCCUUUUUUCCUUAUGCUACUUAUAUGCCAUUUCCGAUUGAUAACCAUGGUCCAUGGUAGAGGGCAACUCAAGAGUUGCGAGAACUUGAUUUCCUUAGCAAUGCAUGUAUUUUUGGUUUUGCCAA